AUGACUAUAUUCAAAAGUGCUAUUCGAGAUAUCAAAAACACCUUGCAAGGCGCUCGCAGGCAUAAAGACAUGCUAAGAACAGGUUUCAAACGGUUCCAAUCGACAUGGAACGCUUUCAAGCUGUUUCCCAGGACGUUUCCAGACGGACAAGCGCAUUGGGAUGUUGAUUUGAAAAAACUCCGCAAAGAAUUCCGUGACUUACAAGCCAUGGAACAUCCAGAUACAAAUGGCGAUAAGAAUGGCGAGAAAAGUGCAGAGAAUAGUGCUAUGCUAAACAAAGCGUACCAGACGUUACGGCAACCGUUAUUGCGAGCUCAGUUCCUGUUGAAAUUGCGAGACGGUGUAGACGUAACGGAUGAGAAAAUGGCGCAGAAGGUGGCACAACAGGAACCCACGUUAUUGAUGCGAGUAUUGGAUGUACAUGAGCAGUUGGAAGAAGCAUGUGAGGAACGGCAAGUGCGGGAACUGGCGCGUGAGAAUCGGUCACGGAUGUCCGACGUUGAGACGCAAUUGUCCGAGGCAUUUGCUAAGCGAGACGUUGAGAGAGCCAAACAAUUAACAGUGGAAUUGAAAUAUUGGACAACUUUGGAUCAGGCAGUCAGGGAGUGGGAACCUGAACAACCCGGGAAAGCUUAA